AUGGAUGACAUCGAUAUUGACAUUGGCAAGCCGUUCAGCAAACCUGAUGCUGGACUGCCAGGAUUGUUUGUGGCUGCAGCCUACAGUGGGACACUAAGUACGGUAUCGUCCAGUGUCAAUGCUCUGGCUGCCGUGACUAUUGAAGACCUGAUCAAGCCGUACAUACACAUGUCAGAGAAACACCUGUCCUGGACCUCUAAAGGCCUCAGCUUUCUGUAUGGGGCUCUCUGUAUUGGAAUGGCUGGCAUAGCCUCACUAAUGGGAAGUCUGCUGCAGGCAGCUAUCAGUAUCUUUGGGAUCAUCGGAGGGCCUUUACUGGGUCUCUUCUCACUGGGGAUCCUCUGUCCAUACGCCAAUGCCACAGGGGGCUUGGCUGGUCUGCUCUCUGGGCUGGUUAUGUCUCUGUGGGUGGGGGUAGGGGCCCAGUUUUACCCUCCUCUACCAGAGCAGAGCAGGCCUCUGGGUCUGACCACACAUGGCUGGAACUUCACAACCGCAGCCGAUGCGUUCAACUGGACCGCAUCCCCAACAGAACCAGGCCUAUACACUACAGUACUACAGCAAAAUACAGAGGGGGUAUGA